GCCGGUAGCCGGGGGCGGCGCGGGCGGCGUCUGACCUCUGACCUGGCCGCCAUGUCCGUGUCGCCGGGCGGUCUGCAGGCGGACGCGAUCGCCGAGGAACCGGAGGAGUGCUACACGGACGAGGCCGAGGAGGGAUACUUGGGCCUCGGCGAGGGGCUGUACGAGGGACUCGGCGAGGACGGGGUGUGCGAGGUGGAGGAGGGGGACGAGGCGGCGGCCGAGGAGGUAGUGAGGAGUCCAGGCACGUCGAAGAUCCCCGUUUGGGUGCGCCCUAAAGACGCUGAUCGGGACUCGGGUGUGGACGAAGGAAAGGAUGUCGACCAAUCAGUUUCCCCUCAGAAGAGCCGCUCUCCGACCAAACGCGUCCAGCCGGCCACAUCUCAAGAGAAGCAAAAAAAAGUACCCAUGAACAAGGUGCAAGUGGGGACAGCUGCUUCGCCGAACAUAAAGAACGUCAAAUCUCGCAUCGGGUCUCUGGCAAAUUCAAGCUACAAACCCGGUGGAGGGAACAUCAAAAUCGAAAGCCACAAAAUCGACGUGAGCAAGGCCUCGACAAAAAUCCAGGCAAAGUCUAGCUACAAACCCGGCGGUGGCACCAAAAAGAUCGAGUCAAGGAAGCUGGAGUGGAAGUCGGAGUCGAAGGUCGGCUCCAUGGGCAACACGAACUACAAGCCGGGCGGCGGCAAUGUCAAGGUCAGCAACCAGAAGCUGGAGUUCAAGGAGCGCGCUGCACCCAAGGUCGGCUCGCGGGACAACAUGCAGCACAAACCGGGCGGCGGCGAUGUCAAGGUUGAAUCCAUCAAAAUUGACAUGUCCGCGGUGGGCAGUAGGAUUGGCUCGCUGGAUAACGUGAAACACAAGCCGCAAGGUGGCGACAAGAAAAUCUUCAACGACACUGAGUACAUUCGCCAGAUUAGCUCUGGCUCUGGCGAGGGCCGUAGCAGGCGCAAGUCUCAGGCCAGCUCGAUAGAUGACGCCACGGAACCGGUGAUCUGCAUUGAGCCCCAAGUGCCCCGGUUUGAGAACGUCGAGUUUCUGGCCAUGGCGUGCAUGGCGAACGUGGUCCACUCCUCGCCCGCCUCCUACCUCGUGCUGCUCUUCAAAACGCUGCACUAUCUGCGCUGGUUCCUGCCCAUGGUGUACUAGAGCACGGGUCCGUCUUCGCCAACAAAAUCUCCCAACAAAUCUCCAGCAAAGUCUCCGUCUUCACCCGCGCAGCCAGAUAACCCGAAAUCUCCCGAAGCUGAUACCA